GCCGCGGUAGCGCCGCGUUGCCCCGGAGACCGGCUCGGCGGCGCUGGGGCUGCCCCGGCCGGGGGCUGCGGCGCUCACCCGAGGAGGGAGGCGAGGGGCUGCGCCGCGGGACGGGGGCGGGGAGCGUCACUGCACCACAGCGACCGUCCCUCCUCCCGGGCGGGCGGGGAGGCGGCACGCGGGCACCGCGGCUGGGCUGUUUCGCUCCGCUCCGCUCCUCUCCUCUCCUCUCCUCUCCUCUCCUCACCCUGCCCUGCCCUGCCCUCCUGCCCCGCCGCUGGAGGAGCGAGCCCGCGGCCGGGGUCACCGCGGUCCCCGCGCCCUCGCUGCGGACGGGGGUGGCCAGCGACGAGGGCAAACUUGGCUCGAAACUCCCGCCCGCCGAGGCAGCACAGCAGCGGCCGCGGGGGCUCUCGGGGCUGCGGGCGCUGGCCCCGCCGCCUGGCCGCCCGGGCGGAGCGGAAAGUUUGCCGGCAGGAGGCCGGGCGGCGGUGGCGGCCGGUGGCGCUGCCGCAGUGUGCGCGCCCAGCCGGGGCCGCUGCCGGCCGCCGGAGCGCCCCGGGGCUUCGCUCCUGCCACCUGCGCUGCGAUGUGAGGCUCGGGGACAGCGACGGCUGCCGAAGGCUUUAGUUAUUACAUGCGCCCAGUAAUCUUCUCCAAAAUGGAUUUUAGUCAUAGCAGUCUUUUUGGAUACAUAGAAGACCUGCAGGAACUAACUAUUAUAGAGAGGCCAGUACGCAGGAGCCUGAAGACACCAGAAGAAAUAGAAAGAUUGACAGUUGAUGAAGAACUCAGUGAUAUUGAAAGGGCUGUUUAUCUACUCAGUUCUGGUCAGGAUAUCCAAGGAACAAGUGUGGUGGCAAAUCUUCCAGUCCUUAUGCGACAGAAUCCUGCAGAAACACUUCGUCGGGUUUUACCAAAAAUCAGAGAGGUUCUGCAUGUUGCAGGAGUGGAAAUGCAGUUAACAGCUGCUGUUUCUUUUCUGACUGUUCUGCAAGAGGAGUCGGUGUCCAUUCAUACGUACUCCCACUCCUUCCUACACAUCAUUCUCCAGAACCUGGAACACAGAGAUGCAGGUGUCAGCAAUGCAUGGUUAGAAACUCUUCUUGCUGUAAUAGAAGCUUUACCAAAAGAAACUGUCAGACAUGAGAUACUGAAUCCACUUGUUUCCAAAGCACAACUUUCUCAAACACUUCAGUCCCGCUUAGUUAGUUGUAAAAUCAUGGGAAAAGUAGCUAACAAAUUUGAAGCUCAUAUUGUUAAAAGAGAGGUGCUUCCAUUGGUAAAAUCACUGUGCCAGGAUGUGGAAUAUGAAGUUAGAGCUUGCAUGUGUCGGCAGCUGGAACAUGUAGCUCGAGGAAUAGGGACAGAACUAACAAAAACUGUGGUGCUUCCUGAGUUGGUGGAGCUGGCAAGAGAUGAGGGCAGCAGUGUACGCCUGGCAGCUUUUGAGACCCUGGUGAACCUGCUUGAUAUGUUUGAUGCAGAUGAUCGGAGUCAAACUGUUCUCCCAUUAGUGAAAUCGUUCUGUGAAAAAUCCUUCAAAACAGAUGAAUCUAUCCUAGUUUCCUUAUCUUUUCAUUUAGGGAAACUCUGUAAUGGAUUAUAUGGCAUUUUUACUCCUGAACAGCACUUGCGGUUUUUGGAAUUUUAUAAGAAGCUUUCCACACUGGGUUUACAGCAGGAAAAUGGGCAUAAUGAUAAUCAACUACAUCUGCAAACUCUGGAACAGGAAAAGAAGUAUAUUUCAGUGAGGAAGAACUGUGCUUACAAUUUCCCAGCCAUGAUUGUUUUUGUGGAUCCAAAGAACUUCCAUUUAGAACUUUAUUCUAUAUUCUUCUGCCUUUGUCAUGACCCUGAAGUUCCUGUCAGAUAUACCAUGGCCAUUAGUUUCUUUGAAGUUGCUAAGCUUUUAAAUUCUGAUGUGUAUACAAUACAUAAAGAACUGGUUACGCUAUUACAGGAUGAGUCACUGGAGGUGUUAGAUGCCCUAGUAGGUCACCUUCCUGAAAUCCUUGAACUAAUGACUAAUAGAGGAGAAAACAAUGGAUCAGAAAGCAAGUUACUCUCUAUUCCUGACUUGAUUCCUGCAUUAACGACAGCAGAACAGAGAGCAGCGACUUCUUUAAAAUGGAGAACACACGAGAAGUUACUGCAAAAAUAUGCUUGUCUCCCUCAUAUCAUAUCAAGCGAUCAGAUCUAUUACCGUUUUCUUCACAGGAUGUUGACAAUCAUUUUGACAAAUAAUGUGCUGCCAGUGCAGAAAGCAGCAGCUCGGACUCUGUGCGUUUAUUUGCGCUACAAUCGCAAACAGGAACAGAGACACGAGGUUAUUCAGAAACUGAUCGAACAACUGGGCCAAGGAAAAAGUUACUGGAACAGACUUCGUUUUUUAGAUACUUGUGAAUUCAUUAUGGAACUGUUUUCAAAAUCAUUCUUCUGUAAAUACUUCUUUUUACCUGUGCUUGAACUUACCCAUGACCCAGUGGCAAAUGUCAGAAUGAAGCUAUGCUAUUUAUUGCCAAAAGUCAAAUCUACUCUGAAGAUUCCCACUGAUAAACAUUUACUUCAGCAGCUGGAAUUAUGUAUAAGGAAACUUCUGUGUCAAGAGAAAGACAAAGAUGUCUUGACUAUUGUGAAAAGAACAGUGUUAGAAUUGGACAGAAUGGAGAUCUCUGUAGAUGCUGAACAAUUAGAAAAAGAGAAGCAGAAAAAUGAAGGAAGAUCUACAAAUAUUAAUGAUAAAAUGUUUGAAAAGAAACGUAGAGACAGUAAAACAUCGUCAGUGUUGGCAAAAAGUAUCAAUCUCUCUAUUUCUGGAAGCUCUUCUGGUACAUCAGCAGGCAAAGAAGAAAAAAAAUCCAAGCUGGUUCGAAGCCAAUCUUUCAGUACUCAAGUACUGCAUCCAAAAUACAGCAACAUAGACAAGUGCCCUAAUAAAAGUUCUGCUACAGGAUAUACAUCUUCAGUGCCAGGGACGGGAAAGAGUUGUAUGUUAUCCUUUAGUGAUGACUCCUUCAGGGCUCAUGCUGCUGGCAAUAGUGGGAGUGCUGCCUUCCCUUCCAGCUCUUCUCGCAACUUAUUCAACUCAGCUGACCAGAAGAGCAAUGGCAAUAAGGAGAGUCAGACCCGAAGGAUGAGCAUAAAAAACAGAAAAUCAAACUCCUAGAUCACCUGACAGAAAAAUGAGGGAACCAGAGACUGGAGGAAACAACGUUCUGGUGGCAUAAGGUGGGAGCAGCAGAUGGGACUCUCUAAUGCCUGAACUGAAUAAAAUGCAUCCUGCAAUGUUAAAAAUUUAAAAUAAAUCUUUUAUAUAAAACUCCAAGCUGUAAAAUAUGUUCUGAUAAACAAUGUAAUGGUUGCAGAAUUCUAACAUCGUAGUGAAAUGAUAUGAACUGUAACUUCAGCUAUGUGCUCUUAACCGCUGCAGCUACGGAGAAGAUUUAGUUUUCUUCAGUUAGGCCUUUAUAGUUUGAAGUCUUGGAUUUAGAAUGCACAUUAUUUAAUUGGCUUCUUUACAAUCUUUGCAACCCUUAGUUCCCAUAUUUUAAGGAAGAAAUAGAAGGAAUUGUUAUGAAUAUGAAAAAGGGAUCCCAUAUUUUAAAGAAUCUGCAAACCUAAUUUAAGACCAAAGUCCAGAACCAUUAUAAAAAAAACAUAGACUUUUGAAGCAUUGUGCUGUGAAUUUGGAAUUAAUGUUUUUACAAGUGCUAAGUUCAUAAAAAUCCUGUGUGAGUUUCAAAGCAAUCUAAAAGCAAAUGUCUCCAGAUGAUGUAAAAAAAAAGCUGUAUUUCAUAAGUUUUGUUGUAUAAAUACUUGUUUUAAUUUUAGUAUUUCAAAUUGUAUUUUCACUUUAAUAAUUUAUAAUAAUGAAUCUAGUUUUUAAUCAGCUGCUAUUGCAAGCUGUCAUGGUUCAGUGAUGUCAUCUGCAUUUGUUUGUAUUAAUGCUAAUGUUUCUAUCAAAAUUUAUGUGGAAAAACAUGCAAUCAUAUUUUGAAGAGUUCUAUUUAUGCCAAUACUUGAGGGAGAUUAUGAAGCUAUUGUCAGCUUCUCUUUCAAAAUGGAGGCAGCAUAAAUAUAUUGAUAUCAGAAAUAUAUGGUUUUUAAAAUUUAUUGGUGUAUGAUAAAGAUAAUCUGGUCUGUGUAUGCAUAUGUGAGUGUGGUUACUUUUUAUAAUGUAAAAACAUGAAUGAUGAUUUACUCAAAAUAAAACCUAGGACAAUGCUGUACAUGCAUGUUCUUGAAAGAAAAAUUCUCAGGGCAUCUUUUAUAAUUAAA